AUGGAGCAUUUGCAUCGACGAUCCAAUUCCAAUCCUGCAACCACCUCUGCAUUCCCACUCCUCGAAACACCUUCAGUGCGCUCCUCUAUCCCAACAACUCCACAACCUAUGCAUACUUUUGGGCAACACCAGCUGUCAGUACAACAGCCACCAACACCUCCACAAGCUGUACCAGGUCCUGCCACCACAGCUACCACGAAUGCAACAGGCAAUACAGCACAAAAACCAGCACAUGCGAAUACCUUUGUGCAUAAACUAUACAACAUGGUGGUUGACAAUCAAUAUCAGCAUUUGAUCGCAUGGAAUUAUACCGGAUCAUCAUUCAUUGUUUGUAACAUUAUGGAAUUUUCUCGUGAUGUACUUCCAAAGCACUUUAAGCACAACAACUUUUCCAGCUUUGUACGGCAACUCAACAUGUAUGGUUUCCAUAAGGUUAACAAGUCUCCUCGUGGCCAUCGUACAUUAGCCGAGAAUCAGAUUUGGGAGUUUUCACAUGCAAAGUUCUUAAGGAAUCGACCUGAUUUACUUGAUGAUAUCAAGCGUAAGGCUAUGGAAUCGUCUGAUACAGCAAGGAGGGAAACGGGUGACCUACAUGCACAUUUAGCCAUGAUGCAGGUCGCACAAUCAGAUAUGAUGCAACAAAUCGGCCAUCUGUUUGAAAAUUUCAAUGAGCUUGUCAAGGAGCUAGCAGAGACACGACGCAAACAAGCAUCGCAGCAGCAAAUGAUGAAGAACAUGGCACAAUACAUUUCUCAACAGAAUGGAGGCCAGUUACCUUCUGGGUUUAACAUUGAUCAAUUCAUUGAUGGAUCAAAACAAGAAAGACCACCUUCUAUAUUUAUCACAUCACCAGAGACAAACAACAACAAUACAAACGACGUGUUGCACGACGUUUUCGGUGGUGUAUCACGUUCACCUUUGUCCGUCCAAACACAAAAUCUUCAUCACCAUCAUCAUCAACAUGCACGACCCGAUUUAGCACCACCUUCGAGCAAUCGAUUCGGUACACAUUUACCACCAAGUCCUAGUCCAACAAGCCUGAUCUCGGAUGAUGAAUCAAGUUCUCUUUAUUCGCCACAUUCGCCACAUUCACCUCAUCCACCAACGCAUCAUUCUUCAUCACUUGAUCCACCUACGCCUCAACCACAAGCUUCCAGUCAUGAUCAACAUCAAGCAUCAUUCACCUUUGUCAAUUCAUUGGACCCAUUGUCUCACCGAUAA